UGUGGCUGAUGACAGCAGUGAAACAUGGAGGCUGGAAGUCGUGUGUGACUUUUGAGAGCCAGCACUGUGGCAGGUUGUAUUCGUAAGACAUCGCGUUUGUUUAUGUUGUUAUGGUAUAAAUGGGAAAGUUGUAAAAUUAGUACCCGUGCUUAAAUCAGCUUAGGUUUUCUGUCAGUGCAGUGUCCUCUGGAGUGUUUAGUAAGUAAAUUGCAUCUACUUCUAGUCGUUUUUUAAAGUAAUACAAAGGAAAAUUCAGAGUAUAGUAUACGCAACGUGUAGCAGCACAGUUUAUGUCUGGUUAAUCUUAAAAUGUUAUGAAUUGUGCCUUAUUAGACUAGAAUUACAGUUAAGGAAGUGAUCUGUAUUAACAGGGGUGCCAUGCUUAAACCUGGAGGAAAUUUCCGGAAGACGAGUAGCGUGAAAUUUUGCAUGAACUUUUUUUUUUCCCCUCCUUGGCCGAAAUUUUUUGCACAGCUAUUGUGUGAUUAAUAACUGAAACCAACUGAACUGAGCGAAAAGAUCGAUGCAUGUCGGGCAGGGUCACUGGGGACACUGACUUAAUUUGAGUUGCAGGUGUGUAGGGAUCGGAUUCGUCAUUUGGUUUUUUUGUCAAAAUGCUGCUGUCUCUGGUGGUGCACACGUACUCGUUGCGGUACUGGCUUCCAGCGGCGGUGAUGCUGGGCACCGCUCCUGCUUACCUGCUGUCCUGGAGCGUCUGGCGGCUGUUGUCCACUGUGCUGCCGUCCAGACUCUAUCAUUCUGUGGAUGACCGUGUGUAUUCAGUGUAUCAGAGUAUGGUCCUGUUCUUCUUUGAGAAUUACACGGGAGUGGAGAUUGUCAUUUAUGGGGACAUACCAAAAAAGAAGGAGAAUGUGAUUUACCUGUCAAACCAUCAAUCAACCGCUGACUGGAUUAUUGCUGAUAUGUUAGCCAUUCGACAAAAUGCACUUGGACACGUAAGAUAUGUCCUGAAAGAUGGUCUAAAGUGGCUUCCUUUAUAUGGAUGGUAUUUCUCACAGCAUGGAGGUGUGUAUGUGAAGAGAAGUGCCAACUUCGAUGAGAAAGCCAUGAAAAAGAAAUUAUCAUCUCAGACCAAAAUGGGUACACCUAUGUAUCUUGUCAUCUUUCCAGAGGGAACCCGCUACAACCCUGAGCUCAAGAAAGUUAUCAAUGACAGUCAGGCUUUUGCUGCUAAAGAAGGACUUGCUGUGCUGAAACAUGUUUUAACACCAAGAAUGAAAGCAUCACAUGUUGCCAUUGAGACUAUGAAGGAACACCUGGAUGCUGUCUAUGACAUAACCGUUGCAUAUGAGGGAACACUCACAGCAGAUGGCCAGAGACACCCAGCUCCUACAAUGCCAGAGUUCCUGUGCAAGGAAUGCCCCAGGGUGCACAUCCACUUCAACCGUUUGGACAUGAGGGAAAUUCCUACGGAGCCAGUGUACUUCCGCAGAUGGCUGCAUGAAAGAUUUGAAAUCAAGGACAAGCUUCUGACCACUUUCUACGAUUCUGAAGAACCUGAGAAAAAGUAUAGGUUCCCUGGAGAAGGACAAAAGUCACCACUUAGUCUUAUAAAGACGUUGCCUUCUCUGCUGAUUUUGGGUGGCCUAACUUUACCAAUGCUGUUAACAGAGUCAGGUAGAAAACUCUAUCUCAAUACCUGGCUCUAUGGGACUCUGGUUGGAUGGGUGUGGGUAAGUGUAAGUCGCUAAACUAGCCAUACUGAAAAAAAUUCAUUCUGACCACUCAUACACCCAGACACUUAGGUUUUAUUGUUGGAUUCUUCUUUUCUCAACAUAGUUUCUUUUUAGCUCCUAGUACUUACCUUUUUUCAUUUGUUUUAUUUUAUACUCUUAAUUGGCAGAAGGUGUACAGUAACAGAUGAGAUGCAAAAAAAGAAAACGUUCCAGGUGUCAGCAUAAUAUGCUUGCAGCACUAUAGACAGAUAUGCAGAUUUUUAAUAGGAAUGUUUCAGUUUUGUUACUGCUCAACUGUAAUCUGAAAUGCACAAAUGGAUAACAGUGUGUAACACAGUAUACUCAUAGCAGUCUUGAAAUAUUUGUCAUUUAACCAUCUCAUUGGCCUUGUGGAACCAUAUGUUUUCAAAUUUCCAGUAUGCAAGUUGUUUUUUUUUUGUUUAUUUGUUUUUUUCAUAGAUUUGUGUGGUUCUGGAUAUUAUAAAUAAUUUCUAACAUUAAUUGUGUUUACAGGGUCUGUAUGUCAUCAUCUUGAUGUUCUUGAGAUUAUUUGGAGUAAUUCAUUAUUUUGUGCUGAUUUUCCUUGUGUAAUGAAAGAGGUGUUUGUUUUUUGUUUUUUGUUUUUUGUUUUGUUUUUUUUUGGUUAUGCAUUGGGUUUGGGUUGUAUGUGUUAUACAUCAGUCAUUUUUUUUAUUUGAUGCCAAGAUCUAAAAAGCCUGUCAGUUAUGGGCUUUUGCAUUGCUGAAUAUUUCACAGAUAGUUGCCAAACUUGCUGGUUGCAGGGGUAUUAAAGAUUAUUCAGUCAAAAAAAAUUGUCCACUUCAUUAUUCCAAACUUGUAUGACUUUAUUUCUUUGAAGAAUCCCCACACAACCUAUUUUCCAUUUUUUUCUUCCAGAACUUAAUCAAUAGCAAUAAUUUGGUCCACAUAAAAAGAAAGCUGAAACAUUUGUCAUGGAUUUCAUAGUUCAGUGGUUGUUUUUAAAUGUUUAAUGGACCUCAUCUUGCUCAUCCCAUCAAAUUGUUGUUUUUUUAAAGCUUGUUGCUUUUUAUUAGUAGUAUUUAUUUAUUAUUUAAGUAUUAUCAUAGUAUUAUUCAUAGUGUUAUUGUACAAAAAACAGCUUCAUCAAGUGCUACUGGAGAUGUUUAGAGCUUUGGAAGACCAUAGACAUUGCCAGACCUUCAAUAGGACUCCCUCUGCUGGAAGCUUCUGGGACACUUUAGAUCUAAAGGUCAGUGUAGGCUCCCACAUUAAAAACAUUUGUUGACAUACAGCUGAUUGCACUAACCCAUAAUUUAUAAUGUGAUUGUCAUUUAAAGUCCAUUAUCUAAAAAUAUUCUAAUGGGAAAUGUAUUUGAAUGUUUGGAGUAUGGGAAUCUCAAAUGAAAAUAAGGCAGCAGCACAGAUGUCUUUAGUAUAAAGUUUAUAACCCAAAUCUUUAACCCCUAAAUAGUAUCAAGCACUUGU